AUGCGACCCAUCCCAUCCAGGCUCAGCUGUGUGUUUCUGCACUUAUUUGCAUUGUUCUACUACGCGCAGGUAACCAAUCAGUCCCCGCCUAAUUUCACGCAGCAUGUAAGCGAACAGAGCAAAGUGACGGACCGCACGAGCCGCAGGUUGAUCCGGAUCUACCAGCUUUACAGCCGGACCAGCGGCAAACAUGUACAGGUCCUGCCCAACAAGAAGAUCAACGCCAUGGCCGAGGAUGGAGAUGUGCACGCUAAACUCAUUGUGGAAACAGAUACUUUUGGAAGUCGAGUGCGCAUCAGGGGAGCUGAGACUGGCCUAUACAUCUGCAUGAACAAGAGAGGGAAGCUCAUUGGCAAGAAAAAUGGACAAGGCCGUGACUGUGUCUUCACCGAAAUUGUUCUGGAGAACAACUACACGGCGCUGAAGAACGUCCGUUAUGAGGGCUGGUACAUGGCUUUCACUCGUCGUGGGCGUCCACGGAAGGGCUCACGGACACGCCAGCACCAACGUGAAGUCCACUUCAUGAAGAGGCUGCCAAAGGGGCACCAGCCCACCCAUCCGAGCCACCACCGGCCUUUUGACUUCAUCCACUACCCUUUCAGUCAAAGGACUAAGCGUACGUGA